AAAGCCCAUCCCUGCGUUCUGUCACGAACAGUAGGGAUCAAGGAUCCGCUGAGCGGUGAAAGCUUUUGCUUGGCAACCUGCCUCCUUUGCCAUGGUGUGGCCUUAUGCCUGCUGCCUGCUGGCUUUGCAGCCAAUUCGGUU